UUCUGACAAUCUGCGCUUCGUGCGGCUCGCUCGGGUUCAUCGACUUCGGCAACCUUUUUCGACCUUUGGUUGACGUGUGUUGUUUUUCAGUCGUUCCCGGCGCGACUUGUUGUUUUUAGCGCUUCCUCCCUGUUCCUGCGAUGGAGCUGAUUGGCGAUGUCAAGACGUACGAAUGGGGUAAGCUCGGCCUUGAUUCCGAAGUGGCCAAGCUGGCGCAGCUCAAUUCCGUGAAAUUCACUGCGGUCGAAGGCACCCCAUACUCCGAGUUCUGGAUGGGCGAUCACCCCAGCGGCCCGUCUCUGCUGAAGGACACCAGCCAGGAGCUGGGUGCCUUCAUCGCCGAGAACGCGGACUCCGCCAACGGAUCCAUGAAGAGCUUGCCCUUCUUGUUCAAGGUCCUGAGCAUCCGGAAAGCGCUGAGCGUCCAAGUGCACCCGAACAAGGAAGAAGCUGAGCGCCUGCAUGCGGAACACCCGGACAUCUACAAGGACGCCAACCACAAGCCGGAGCUGGCCAUCGCCCUGACUACAUUCCGAGCCCUUUGCGGCUUCCGGCCGCUUGCAGAGAUCCAAGGGUUAUGCAAGAAGUUCGAGCCGUUGAUGCAGCUGAUCGGACCUGAAAUAAUCGAGAAUUUAGAAAGUAAUACUCCGGAAUCGCUGAAGCUCUGCUACUCAAAACUCAUGACAUCAGCGCAGGACGACAUAACGAAGUGCAUUGAGACAAUUAGGGAUGACGCGAAACACCAGGAAGAACUCGAAGCGUGCGGUCUUAAAGACAUUUUUGCAACACUCUACAAAGACUUCCCAAACGAUGUGGGUAUCCUAAGUAUAUUCUUUCUCAACGUAAUUAACCUCAAGCCAGGCCAGGCAAUUUUCCUCGCAGCAAAAGAACCACAUGCCUACCUAGAAGGUGAUUGUCUUGAAUGUAUGGCUUGUUCGGAUAAUGUAAUCCGUGCUGGCCUCACACCGAAAUUCAAGGAUAUCCACACACUCAUCGAGACCCUAAACUACAAUGGCGAACCGGCCGAAAAGAAACUUUUCCAGUCGGCAAAAAUCGAUGAUUUGGAGCUAUUUGUACCGCCCGUAAAAGAUUUUUCCGUCGGAAAGAUACACAUUCCUAUCACAAAUACUUUUUACCAAAUGCGACACUCAAAGUAUGCUUCGAUUUUAUUGGUACUGGAUGGCGAGGCCAUCAUUAAGACAAGUACGUAUGGCGAGAUAUCAGUACGACGCGGAUCUGUGAUUUUCAUUCCAGGAGAUUCGGGUUGUUAUUUAGAAUUCUAUCGUAAAUCAGAGGCAGACAAUUUCACAGCGUACAUGGCAAUGUACAAUUUCUUUUAGUAAUAGUUGUUGUAGUCACAAAAUGUGCAGUAUUCCACAUUAUCGUUUUAUGAUUAGACUUUAGACAUUUUUUAAACAAUACUUUGUAUCGGCUGUUGAAUUUUUAUAGUUGUACCAUAUGUUGCUUUUAUUUUCGUUGUUUUUGUACUUUUAUUAUUAUCACAUAAAUGUAUUCCAUGAAAA